AGGGAGGAUAAGAGGGAGGGGCCAUAUGUGAACAGGGAGACUUCAUCGUGCAGCAAAGCUGGCUGGGCUAUUGAGUCAGUUCAUACAUGAGGACAGGAGCAGCAUCCUUCCUGGCAGACCCCGAAGCUCCACAUCAAUGCCAUUGAGCCACAUGGCUCUGAGAUACACAGGCCAGUUGGGAAGGAGAGAUCAAGAAGAGAGCAGUAUAUAGGACCACAGGUCAGACACUGGAUGACCAAGGCCCUAUGGAGUCUCAGUGCUCAGAGGAGGGCUCACACCCUGGAAUCUUUACAGCAGAGCUGGGAGACCAGCCACAACUUAUCUCUCCAUCUGGGUGCUGGUACUGCCUGCGACGCGGAUGUGUGGUGCUUGGAGCCCUGGGGCUGCUGGCUGGAGCGAGUGUCGGCUCAUGGUUUCUAGUUCUGUACCUGUGGCCAGCUGCCUUCCCGCCAAUUUCUGGGACCCUGCAGGAAGAGGAGAUGACUCUGAACUGCUCAGGGGCCAGUAGUGAGGAAGGCCUGCUUCCUUCGCUUCCCAAAGCAGUGUCUUUCAGAAUAAACAGGGAAGACUUCUUGCUGGAAGUGAAGGUGAGGUCUUGGCCAGACUGGCUCCUCGUCUGCCAUGAGGGCUGGAACCCUGCCCUGGGGGCACGCAUCUGCCGGAGUCUUGGGCAUCUCAGACUCACUCAGCACAAGGCUGUGAACCUGUCUGACAUCAAGAUCAUCAGCUCCCAGAAGUUUGCUCAGCUGUCUGCCAGACUGGGAGGCCUUCUGGAGGAGGUGUGGCAGCCCAGGGACAACUGCAUUUCCGGCCGAAUUGUUUCCCUCAAAUGCUCUGAAUGUGGGGAAAGGCCGGUGGCUUCCCGGAUAGUUGGUGGGCAGGCUGUGGCUCCUGGGCGCUGGCCAUGGCAAGCUAGCGUGGCCCUUGGCUCCCGGCACACAUGUGGAGGCUCUGUGCUGGCCCCCCACUGGGUGGUCACUGCUGCCCAUUGCAUGUAUAGUUUCAGGCUGUCUCGCCUGUCCAGUUGGCGGGUUCACACAGGGCUGGUGAGCCACAGCGCUGUCCAGCCGCACCAAGGGGCCAUGGUGGAGAAGAUCAUCCCCCACCCUUUCUACAGUGCCCAGAACCACGACUACGAUGUUGCUCUUCUGAGGCUCAGGACACCACUCAACUUCUCAGACACCGUGGGCGCCGUGUGCCUGCCGGCUGAGGAACAGCAUCUCCCGAGGGGCUUGCAGUGCUGGGUGUCUGGCUGGGGCCACACCGACCCCAGCCAUACCCACAGCUCGGACAUGCUGCAGGACACAGUGGUACCCCUGCUCAGUACCCAGCUCUGUAACAGCUCAUGCAUGUACAGUGGAGGCCUCACACACCGCAUGCUGUGUGCCGGCUACCUGGACGGGAGGGCUGAUGCGUGCCAGGGAGACAGCGGGGGUCCCCUGGUGUGCCCCGAUGAGGGAACAUGGCAUCUGGUGGGGGUAGUCAGCUGGGGUCGUGGCUGCGCAGAGCCCAAUCAUCCAGGAGUCUAUGCCAAGGUAGCGGAGUUCCUGGACUGGAUCCAUGACACGGUUCAGCCUCAUGUCUCCUGGGCUCUCUGGCAGGUCCACUAGCUGGAGGAAAAGCAGCCGCCUCCGCUGAUGUAGUAGAAGAUGUGGAUCUCCUACCACCACACACAGGACCGUCCCCACCACAGGCCAACGGCUGGCCCACUGGAUCUCUACCUUCAGGCUCUCACCUUAGUCCCUCUUUCUCAGCAUACACGAUCCAUGACAGGAGAGAGGCUGGGACUGGGUGGGGGAAUGGUGGAGGAGCUGGAUGAAGACUGGGAGGGAGGAGAGACCGAAGAGACUGCUGGAGGCAUCUGGGAGCUUGCCACAUACAUUUACUGGGAGGGUGUGUGGUGCCUAUAGUCUGGCUUUCUUCCUGGGGCCCUCAGGAGAGUUCAUGGCCUCCCUAGAGUAUCUCCUUGCUCAGGAGCUCCUGGGCAGAUGGGAUCGAUGCUGGGCCAGUUCAGGCGAAGCCCAUGGCAGUCAGAUCCUCCUCACUGCCCCGCGCAUCCUGUUCUGAUCUGGCUUUGGGGGUCUUGCACGAGGCAGGGGACUGUCAGACAAGGAGGCUGUAGUUGGACUAGAGCACUGGUUUUAUAAUGAUGGCUCUGUGAACUGGUCAAAAGUGUUCUGACAUUAAAUUGAAGUCAUGUA